AAAAUGCGUAAUAUAGAAAUAAAGGCAAAAAUUAGUGACCCAGAUCUUAAAAUUUCUCGAAUUAGACAAUUAACUACAAACAAUAGUGUCGUUAUAAAACAACAUGAUGUCUUUUUCAAAGCAUCAGAUGGAAGAUUAAAAUUACGUAAAUUCGAAGAUGGCACAGGAGAAUUAAUUUAUUACAAAAGAUCUGUUUCAUUUGGUCCAAAGCUUUGUAACUAUGAAAAAUUAUCUUUGGAUGAACAUGCGUGUAAUAAUAUUGUAAAUAUACUAAGUUCAUCUAAUGGUUGUAUAGGUAUUGUAAAAAAAACUAGAUUAUUAUACAUGAUUGGUCAGACUCGUGUACAUAUAGAUGAUGUUGAAGGUUUAGGAAAUUUUUUGGAAUUAGAGGUAGUCUUGACUGAUGAACAAGAUAUAGAAACUGGGGAGAAGAUUGCGCAGGAUUUAAUGACUAAGUUAGAUAUAAAAAGCGAAGAUUUAAUAGCAAAUGCUUAUAUAGACCUACUUAGCGAAUCUACUGAAUAA